CCAACUGGGAAAAAGAGAAGCCAGAGAUAUCGAGCAAGCGAUGAGCUCCGAGAACAUCGUGUCCGUGGUGCAGCAGUUCCUGCAGAGCUACAGGAGCAAAACGCCGACCAAGCUGAAGCUGGUAGAUGCGUAUCUGGCCUACAUCAUGCUGACGGGCAUCAUACAGUUCGUGUACUGCGCUCUAGUUGGAACGUUUCCUUUCAAUUCCUUCCUCUCUGGCUUUAUCUCGUGUGUAGGCUCCUUCGUUCUUGGAGUGUGUCUCCGUAUUCAGACCAACCCGCAGAAUCGCUCCCAGUUCCUCCACAUCUCUCCAGAGAGAGCGUUCGCCGACUUUCUCUUUGCUCACGUGGUCCUACAUCUAGUGGUGAUCAACUUCAUUGGAUAAACACUCUGCAGAAUGGAUGCAUGUGGAGUUUCGCAUCAAUCAGUGAAUUGCCCAAAUUUAUGAAAUUUACAUGAAUUUUUGUACAAUGUAAUUUUGGGUAUAUAAUUAUACUCAUGGCUCACAAAUUUGACAGACAAUCAUUACUAGGA